AUGGAGUUAUUUCCCAACUUUCCUUCUUUUAUCUCCUGGGCAGGAAUUCUGGCCAUUCUCAAUCUGCCUUUCGCCAUCGCACAGCUACUAGAUCCUAGUAUCUGUUCCUCAGAUAGCCACAAGUCCCUUUCGGGAAUACAUCACGGGUUACCCAUAUGUCCACUCCCCAUAGACGAAGAUUCGGUCGCGGAUACAGGUUCAUGGGUGCCAUGGAAGCGUCGGCCGUACUGCUUAGAACCUUUCAUGCAAGACGAUGACGUGACUGGACCCCAGUUUUGUCUCUACACAUUCGAAUCCUUCCGUGGAGACCAGGGCCUGAGUGUUAUCACCACACCUGUACUUGCGGCGACUAUGGUUGAUGCACUUGAUGACUCAGCUGUGCCUCUAAAUCUCAGGAAUCAUCCUUCGAACUCACUUGCUGCGGAGGGAAAAAGAAACCUGGCGUUUACGAUAGAAGACGUUCCAGGGAAAGGAAAGGGACUUGUUGCAAAGCGUCCGAUUAAGAAAUGGGACAUCGUACUCGUGGAUCACCCGGCCCUGAUUGCACAUAUGGAUAUUUUUGACGUAUUAGGCUCUGAGAUUCGGGAGGAGAUUCUAGAGCAAGCUUUAAAACAGCUACCAGAGGAGCAGCGCGAAGAAGUCAUGGCGUUGGAACGUAGCAUGGGAGGCGAACCGAUUGAAGAUAUCCUGAAGACGAACAUCUUCGGGGUUGAGCUAGGAUUCGAAAUUCCGCAUCUUGGACUAUUUCCGAUUGCAUCAAGGAUCAACCAUGAUUGCAGACCCAACGUCUUCUGGCGGUAUUCAGUGCGAACUCUAGCCGUCGAAGUAAUCGCAUUACGAGACAUCGAACCAGGAGACGAGAUAACCCAAAGUUACGUCCCCCUCGGUCUCUCCUACCAAGACCGCACCGACGACCUCAAAAACUGGGGGUUCACCUGCACCUGCGCCCUCUGCGCAGCCAGCGCACACUCGCGCACGACCUCAGAUAAACAUCGGCAGCAACUACAACACAUCUACUACACGCUCAACGAGGGCGCAAGCGGGCGUUCCAACAUCACCUCCGGCGCAAUCAGUUCGCUCGCGGGGGAGAUGGAAUCGCUGGUGCGCGACGAAGGGCUCGAGGCGCAGUUACUUGUGUAUUACGGCGUGGUGGCGAGAGCGUAUAUGCGUGUGGGUGAGUUGGACGCCGCGAGGCGGUAUGUGGAGAUGAGCGAGGAGUUGUGGAUGCGGUAUGCGGGUCAGGAAGAGGAUUAUCUGGCGGGGAUGCAGCAGUUGAGGUAUGAGUUGGGGGAGAGGGAGAGGAUGGCGGUUACGGAUAGGAAGGUUGGGGAGGCGUAG